AUGGAGGCAAAGAAGAUUAUCGAGCAUGUCCAGGGCAUCAACGGCGGCCAAACAGCCACCGGCACGUUGACGCUGACCGACUUCCACAUGAUCUUCAGCGCAGUCAUCCCGUCGCCGGCACAAGAUGAACAAGAGCCCGCGCAACCGCAGAGGAAGCGGGAGCGAUGGAUCACGUAUCCCAUGCUCUCGCACUGCACGUUCCGGCCGACGCCGCCGUCAUCUCGCCAGGCCCCGUCCAUACGCCUCCAAUGCCGGGACUUCACCUACAUCACCUUCAACUUCACCACUACCGAGAUCGCGAGAGAAGCCUAUGACCACAUCAAGUGCCGCACCUGUAAACUUGGGACGGUUCGGAAUCUUUUUGCUUUUAGCCACAAGCCCCCUAAGAUGGAGAGAGAGGUCGAUGGCUGGAACAUCUACGAUCCCAGGGCAGAGUUUCGCCGACAAGGCAUCAGCGAAAAGCUGCCGGACAAGGGCUGGAGGAUCACAAACAUUAACCACGACUAUAGCUUAUGCGAUACCUAUCCGGCGGUUCUCGUUGUGCCAUCCAAGAUUUCUGAUAAUGUUCUCAAGUAUGCCAAGGAGUACCGCUCGAGGAAUCGAAUCCCGGCUCUCACAUAUCUCCACCCGGUAAACAACUGCUCCAUUACCAGGAGCUCCCAGCCGCUGGCAGGCAUCACCCGGAGGACCAAUGUCCAAGAUGAGAAGCUCGUGGCCGCGUCCUUUUCAGCUCUUACGAAUAACGGAAGUGGAAGUUCCGAGGACCCGUCCCCGAUGUCGAGCCAGACGGACAUGUUGAACAGCACCGUCAUGUUGGAGACUCAGUUGUCGGACAAGGAGCGAUACGAGGACGAGAUCAUUUCCAAGUCUGCAGCUAUUUACGACGACAAGACAGGCAAGCGGCUCAUCUAUGGCGCUCAGCAGAACAAUCUGAUUGUCGAUGCUCGCCCCACAAUCAAUGCCAUCUUGAACCAGGCCCAGGGCAUGGGCUCGGAACCGAUGGACAAGUACAGAUUCGCAGAAAAGAUCUUCCUCAACAUUGACAAUAUUCACAUCAUGCGGAGCUCAUUGCUCAAGGUGGUCGAUGCGCUCAAGGAUGCCGACAUAUCUCCUCUACCCCCCAAUCGCGAUCUGCUGCAGAAUAGCAGCUGGCUAAAACACAUUCACGAUAUUCUUGAUGGGACCGCCAUCAUCGCCCGUCAAGUAGGCAUCAAGCACUCGCACGUCUUGAUCCAUUGCUCGGAUGGCUGGGAUCGUACCAGUCAGCUCAGCGCCCUGUCUCAAAUCAUGCUGGAUCCUUACUACCGCACCAUUGAUGGGUUCAUUGUCCUCAUUGAAAAGGACUGGCUGUCGUUUGGAUACAUGUUUAGGCUGCGUUCCGGCCACCUCAACUCCGAGGACUGGUUCACCAUCCAGAAAGAUGCAUUCGCGGGAUUAAAGGUCCAGCCUGGGGAGAAUGACGGCCGCAGCGAUGCCUUUCAAAACGUCAUCAGCGGUGCGAAGCGUCUUUUCAGCUCCAACAAGGAUGACGCCGAUUUGGCCACCAUGGGCGAAACUGCCAGCGGCCAAGUAGUCGACGAAGAAGCCACUGUGCAGAAGAUGAUCAGUCCAGUCUUCCACCAGUUCCUCGACUGCAUGUACCAGCUGCUGCGGCAGAACCCGACGCGCUUCGAGUUCAAUGAACGUUUCCUCCGCCGUCUGCUCUAUCAUCUGCACUCUUGUCAAUACGGAACGUUUUUGUACAACUCGGAGAAGCAGCGAAAAGUUGCAGAGGUGGCGCAGAAGACGGCAUCCGUGUGGGACUACUUCCUGUGUCGGAGGGCCGAAUUUACGAACCCUGACUACGACCCUACCGUGGAUGACCAUGUCAAGGGCAAGGAGCGUAUCAUCUUGCCAAGGCUCAAAGAGAUUCGCUGGUGGCAUCAGCUUUUCGGCCGGACAGAGGACGAGAUGAACGGUGCACUCAACGCCGCCGCCAUUGCUGAGAGCGACAGAGAGGCUGCCACCUCGACUCUGAGCUACCCCAGCGUUGUCCAAGCCGAGCAAGUUCCAGAGCGCCCGGCAUCGCGCCCAGCAUCGCGAUCGGCGUCGUCGCCUCCGAGCCCACAGCCCCCGAGUCUUUCAGCCAGCCAGUCGGUCAUUUCACCAACAGAGACUGCGCAUGGCAUCCUGACUCCUGAAGACAGGCAAGCCGCUCUGCAACACAGCGUGUCUGCGGACGGGAUGGGCGCAUUUGCCGCUCUGCGCGAUGGCAUCGCCGGUUUGAACAUUAGCAAAGCUGUCAUGUCCAACUUUGGACGUGCCGCCGAGCCCGUUCCCGAGCACUCAGCCGCGGCAUCCAUUUCUCGCGAACAGGAGAUGCGAGAGAUGACUUAGGACGUCGUGUUUUCCGACCAAGGCCCAGCGCCUUAUGAGAUUGAGGUGACCCCAAACACCGAACAUCACCUUUAUACUCGGCCGCGCACAAUCUCAGAACUAACGAUUGAGGAUCUGGGACGGCCAAGCCUAGAUGAGAUGGUUAUCAUCCCGAGCUUAGAUGCAAAGGUUGUUAUUCUGCUUGAUUCGCUUGGUAUUAAAAGAGCAACAGUAUAGUUUUGCUUUUCUUCAUCCUUCUUUUUAUCUUUUCCCCCCCCUUAAUGAAGAGAACAAAGCUGCACUGGGGAGAUGAGGAGCUGAAGAGACUGCAGCGUGAAAUCAGCGUUUAUUAUGGUUACAACUGGUUGACAGGAGUUUUUCAUGCGCGAUAGAAACUUGGCACACAUGUCUCCCUCCUCCCUUGGGCGACUGAUCUAUGUCCAACUGGGCUGAUUUUGGCUAUGGGAACUGUUGCCCUUUCAUAUUUGGCAAAAGGGGGCACAUGAUGGGGCAUGAUUAAUGUCAAUAAGCAGAGAUGACAAGAUGACUUUUACUACCAAAAGCGACGUAAUCAGAUCAGGAUAUACAAUUUCUCUCACAAAUGGCGUGCAGCAGCUGUGUUACUGUAUAUGAGUCUAAAAAACAAGUUAUAUGCGGUAUGGACAGUAGGCUGGAGUAGAUUGUAGAGAGCAGUCUCGGCGAUUCUAUGGGAAGCGUUUUCUCUUUUUCUCUUUCUCGGUAGACGGAUAUCGAAACAAUGCUAGUUUUGGACUGUUUUUCGUCUCGACUUGUAUUUUCAUGUCUCUUGCAGCUGGAGUAAAUGGAGUGUCAUCUAUAGAGAUACACGCCCAACUAAUAAACAGUGCUUGAAAUGUCUAGUGCUUUCUUCCUUUUUUUUUUUUUAACUUGUCAAAAUCUACUUUAUCCGUUGCUUUUUUCUUAAUUUUUAUCAAAAGUCUGGGGCUAUCUUUUGGGUGUAUGUACAUGGAUUAUAAGAAGACUUCUAGGUUAAUCUCCAAAGUACUGACGGGGAAUCUUUAGAUCAAACUUUUCUAGCACAGAGGGAUGCAGAAUACCAAACUCGCCGAUGCGCUGUUCCUUGCCUCCAAGACGGAGAUAGACUGCCGCGGCGUGGCCGUGGAAAAAGGUGUCCUCGUUGAGCUCCUCGAUCCAGUAGCCAUCAGGUUUAACGGCAGCGUCCUUGCCGUCGGCGAUGAAAUUGGUGCGGAGCAUGAGCAGCAGGCGGUCCAGCAGGCCGUGGACGACCUCGAAGCCGCUCGACUUUCCGCACCAGGCGGCGGCAAAGUGGCGCUCGUUGCGGGCUCUCCGCUCCAACUUCUCGUCCUUGAAGACGACGUCGGCGGCCUCAAAGAUCUUGAUGGGCAGGCUGUGGCCCUUGUUCUCGCGGAUGGUCUUGAUCAGGCCGGGCAGCAGGGAGGUGCGGACGACCUGGUACUCGAGCGUCUUGGGGUUGGCGAGCCGCACGACGGUAUUGCCGUCGUCCUUGCGGUUGAGCCAGGCAAAGUUCUCGUCGUGGCUGCAGAGGGUCAGGGGCAUGACCUCGCUCCAUCCGGCCAUGGCGGCCUCGAUGCGCACAAUGUCGCUGAGCUUGUUGAUGGGCAGAGGGGCGGCGACGGUGGCGCCACGGUUGGGGGAGCUGCGAGGCAGCCUGUUGAAGCCGUAGCAGACGGCCACGUCCUCCAUAAUGUCGGCCUGGUGCAGGACAUCGGCACGGGUGGGGGGGAUGGCGACCUCCAGCAGGUUGGGGUCCUUGUCUGACGGCCGGGCGACGUAGGCCAUCUUGGAGAGCAGCUUGCAAAGGCUCUCGCGGGACUCGUUGAGGCCGGUGCAGCUGUUGAGGUAGUCGACCUCGGCGUGGGUGACGCGAGGGCGGAGAUGGGGGGUGACUCGAGUCUGGUUGUUGUGGUCCGAGAUGAUCUUGACGGGCUCGACGGUGAAGGGCUCAGCGCAGUACUCGGAGAACAUGGUGACCAUCAUGUCGGUGACAAUGUCCAGCUUGGUGAUGUCGGUGGCGGUGAUCUCGAUGAAGACGUUUGUGGUGUUGAGGGUGAUCUUGGAGUGGUCGCCGUUGAUGAUGGGGGGCAGCGAGCAGAUGACGCGGUUGGCGUCGAGAAUAAGGGGGUAUACGGGGGCAUCCUUGAUGAUGUGUAGGUAGCGUCCGAGAUGUCGGUCGUUUUCGUAAAAGGUCAUGAGGGUCUCGCCGGUGAG